AUGAAAUACCAGACGUUACUAUCUUGUAUAAAACCAACAGAACCAAGAAGACAGUGCAAGAUCAAGACUCGACUUGUUCCAGUGAACCAACAGCUCAAAAAAUGGGACACCAGUUCUGAAGCUGAAAACAUGACCGGAGGCACAGCACAUAACACCACUAUGCAGCAAGAGGGAUUUACAAGCUUUGGGAUCUUUGUAUUAUGCAUUUUCAUUGCCACCAUUGUAGUGGGUCUCAUUGGAAAUGGGCUUGUAAUAUUUCUGACUGGCUGCAGAAUGAAGACGACCGUCAACUCCAUUUGGUUUCUCAACUUGGCGAUUGCAGACUUCCUCUUCAUGUUGUCUUCAAUCAUAUUUCUUCUCUCAGUUUUGGUCUUGUGGAACCUUAACUUACUGAUAUACAUUUGCAGCAUCAUGUUUACACUAAAUCUGUCUGCUAGUAUUUUUUUUCUUGUAGUUAUCAGUCUGGACCGAUGCCUGUGUACAUGGAUGGUUGUUUGGGCUCAAAAUAAACGAACUUUACUUAAAGCCAAGAUCAUCUGCAUAAUUGUGUGGGUUUCAUCCAUUGGAUGCAGCAUUCCUUCCUUUAUGUUUGAUAUAUCUACUUCGCUGGUCACAUAUCAUUUUACACUGAGCUUCCUCAUCCCCUUUCUGAUCAUUGCAUCUUCAUACAUAGCGAUUGGAAUACGAAUCAAACGCCUCAAAAGGGUGAAGCAGCUCAGGUCGUACCGGGUCAUUAUAACCAUAAUCCUGGCUUUUUUCAUAUGUUGGUUUCCAUGCCAUGUUUGCAGUUUUUAUUUAGUAACUGUAGUAGGAACAGUUGUAAGAAAUAACUGGAGUGAUAAUCUAAUGAUAACGAAAGUAUUUUUGAUAGCUCUGACUGUCAGUGCCUACCUGGUUUAUCUAAACAGCUGUAUGAAAAAAGUUUUAUAUGUGUUCAUGUGUGAUGAGUAUAAGAAGAAGCUUAAACAGUCUUUGCUGCUGGUGCUGGAGACGGCUUUUGCUGAAGAUCAUCUGGACUUUAAGGCAGGUGCAAAAGAACAACCAGGACAUGAAAACCCAAUUGAAUUGUUAGAUAUGUAGAAAACUGAUCUCUAAAUGAUAAACCUGGAUCUUAUCCAGUAUGUUUAUAGUCCUUAUCUAGCAAUUUGUAAAAAACAGCAACUGCAAAAUUCAAGUUUGGAGCAUGACUGUGUAUAAUGUGUGUUGUAAAACCAAACAGAGAAAAUCUCUUCAAGCUAAUGAACAUUAUAUAUGUUUGUGAAACUUUUUCAUGGAUCUAAAUAAAAAGCUCAUUUUGUUCUGCUGA